AUGUUUCGCGGCAUUAUGGUAUCAGAUUCUGAUACUAAAUUCCAACGAAUCGUUUGGCGGGAGGAUGCGGGUUCACCAGUGGAGCAUUACCGACUACUCACGGUAACCUACGGCCUUGCUGCGUCGCCUUUUCUUGCUGUACGUGUUCUCAAGCAACUGGCAGAAGACCAUAAGGUAACCUACCCAUUUGCAGCGCGUGUAAUAUUGAAUGAUACGUAUGUCGAUGACAUAGCUACCGGAUGUGAUAACGUCGACGAGCUACUCCAGCUUAAAACUGAACUUAUCGAGCUACUAAAACGUGCAAAUUUUAAGUUACAAAAAUGGUGUUCGAAUUGCAAACCGUUGUUGGAAACCUUACCAAGAGAGCUGUGUGAGCAUAGCCCAAUCGACAUCGCUUCCGAGCCCAACAUUUUAUGUGUUAAAUUGCUUGGAAUACAGUGGAGCCCUGACACGGACGAGUUCCAGAUAGCAACUAAAUUGCCUGAGUCAUGCAGCGAGCCAACGAAGCGCAGUGUGUUAUCGACAACAGCCAAAAUCUUUGAUCCUCUUGGUCUGGUGUCACCGAGUGUCGUGCUCUUUAAAAUACUUUUACAAGAAACUUGGUGUCAAGGUGUCGACUGGGAUACUAAGCUGCCACCCACUUUGAGUGAUCACUGGAAGAAAAUACUAUCCGAGUUGCAUUAUCUCUCCAAUGUCAGGAUUCCACGUCAAAUAGCUCCAGCCGGCGUCUCAAUCGAAAUCCACGGCUUUGCAGAUGCCUCAUCGUCGGCAUACGCAGCUGCAGUUUAUAGUAGAUCCAAGCUAAGUGACGAUUCCUUCGUUGUAAAUUUAAUUGCCGCAAAAACCAGGGUUGCCCCGUUAAAGCCCCUGUCAAUUCCGCGCUUGGAAUUAAGCGCCGCUCAUUUGCUAACCAAAUUG